CAAGUAAUCAAUCACCAAAAGAAAAGGGGAAAAAAAAAAAAAAAUAGCAAAACACAUGGCCGCUGGUUCUUUGACCUCAAAUGUUUUCCUGGUGUCUAUAUUGGUUUCCAAGCACGAGUAUUUGUUUGGGAAGAUUGAUUUGCAGCUCAAGCUUAUCGCCGGUAACUCUGCUGGCACCGUCUCGGCCUACCAUUUAUCAUCAAAAGGCUCGACGUGGGAUGAAAUGGACGUUAAGCUCUUGGGAAAUCUGAGUGGAGACCCUUACAUACUUCAUACUAAUGCGUAUAGUCAAGGCAGGGGCAACAGAGAGCAACAAUUCUAUCCCUGGUUUGACCCCACAGCAAAUUUUCACUCCUACGCCAUACUGUGGAACCCCCAAAACAUUAUCUUCUAUGUUGAUGGCACGCUCAUUAGAGAGUUCAAGAACUUGGAGUGUAUUGGUGUUCCGUUUCCUAAAAGCCAGCCAACGAGGGUCUAUUCCAGUUUGUGGGACGCUGAUAACUGGGCUACGAGAGGCGGUUUGGUGAAGGGAUAUUGGAGCCAAGCUCCUUUCACCGCAUCACACAGGAACUUUAACCAUGCCAAUGCUUGUGUUAGGGCAUCCAGAAGAUCAUCUUGCGGUUCCAGAAACGCCUCGCUCUCGCAGAAGCUGAAUGCCGCAGGCUAAGAGAAGCUUCGAUGGGACCUUAAUGUGUACAAAUAAAAAAAAAAACAAACAAAAUACAAAAUAGCUAAUUUGGAUAAGUAAAGGAUUUUUAAAACAAGAAAAAAAUAUCCUGCAAUUCAAAUUACACAACUCAAAUUAUUAAAUAAAAAGUAAAUAAACCCCUUAAUAUUGUGAGCUUCCUCAUUAUUUUUACGUUAGAGUCUGAAAUACGAAAACAAACUUUGAUCGCUAUCUGAUGGAGGAAAUUAGUUACCAACCGUAGAGGAAACAUCCAGCUUUGUUUGGUGCCAGCACUAGUCGUAACAAAUAAAGUAUGAAUUU